AUGGCCAGCCGGAUUGUCCACGGGUUGGCCACGGGCGUCCACGCAACGUCCUCUCGGCGGCGUCCUACUCCCCGACACCAUGCGGUGUGGCUUCUUGCGUGCGCGGGGAUGCUCAUGGGAGCGGCCACCGACGCUCGGUCACGUCCAUGUGGCAGCAGCGCGCCGCCACUGCCCAAGAAGAGCGUGAGAGCGCAUAACCAACUACUUGGCGUCACGUAG